CCGACAGGCCGCACUGCAGUGAGCAGAUUCAUCUGAGCGAAUCCUCUCAUACCUCAAGUUAAAGAUGGCAUUUGCCGGAAUCCUGAACAGCUCUGACAUCACUGCAGCCCUUGCUGCUUGCCAAGCUGCCGACUCCUUCAAACACAAGGAGUUCUUUGCCAAGGUCGGUCUGGCUGCCAAGUCCGCCGAUGACAUCAAGAAGGCUUUUGCUGUUAUUGACCAGGACAAGAGCGGCUUCAUCGAGGAGGAUGAGCUCAAGCUGUUCCUGCAGAACUUCUCUGCUAGCGCCAGAACUCUGACUGACAAAGAGACCAAGGAGUUUCUCCAGGCCGGUGACACUGACGGCGACGGCAAGAUCGGAGUUGAUGAGUUUUCUGCUCUGGUCAAGUGUUAAACAAGAAGAACGCUGACCAACAUCUAACUUGACAUCUCCAAAAGGAACAACAUGAGCCAAGAUAUUCUCUUCGUCUUCUCACUCUCUCUCUCUCACUCUCUCUCUCUUGACCCACCUGAAAGUUUUAUACAUGUGACCUUUGACCUCUGAAGCCAAAUCAAGCCCGCUGACUCUGUAGCUGACUCUAGUGUGUGGCGUGGUUGUGUGUCUUUCACUUUCUCUUUCUCUCUCUCACACAACACUUCUGUCGUCGUCAUUGUACUGUGAGUUUAUUGCCGAUGGUGCACUUUUAUGGCAAAUGGACGGACGAU